UGGCACUAGAAACAAGGCUCCCCUAGUGACAGGCUACUACGCAUGAGAAGCCCGAGGAAGAGGAGGGGGAGGCGAGGCACCGUCUCAGUCCGUCGGGCCAGCGCCUCGUGAGACGUCGUGGGUCAGCUUCUCCUGGCGAGGAAGGUCGGCGCUGCAGACUCGUCCAAGAUGUCUACCACGCCCGUGUGGUUGGCCCUGCUACUCCUCGUGGGCGUGAAUGGAGCAGCCGUCGUGGGCGAGGAUGAAGGUGCAGACAGCUCAUGGGCGGCAUGUGAGGGGGCCGUGUGCUACGAAGUGCGACGGCAGACAGAGGGACUCCACAGACUCAAGCUCCUCAGGGGAUACAUCGUCCAGACGAUGCGCCUGAUGGACAAGCUCGUGGCCAGCAUGGACGAGGAGCUGGUGCAGGCCGGCGGGGAGAUGGCGGCCUUCAUCGGGCCCAAGUGCGAGGCCUCCCACGCCUUCCUCAGGGACAUCAUCCAGACGUCAACGGCUGCUGAUCGAAGUGUUGUCAGCGAUAACUUCUCGUCGACGUCACAGCGAGAGAACCUGAUCGACGACGACGACGAAUACGACCAGAGGACCACACAGGCUUCCUCCUCAACAUUUAGAGGUGAGAAUGACGAUUCUCAAGAAGACGACCUCGAGCAGUCAUCCAGCUUCGUCAGCAGCACCAGCACGAGCAGCAGCAGCAGCCACCGUGGUUACAGCACCCAGAGUUCAACCAACAAAGUCAACGCCUAUGGCAACGGCGGCAAAGACCUAGCAGGAGGACCUUCCCAGGGCUCUCCAAGGCCGCCCUACGUUGCCCCUGAAACGCCAGGCAACGCAGGCUGGAGAGGAAGAGGCAGCGCAGAGGAAGGGCGACAUACCUGGUCAGGGGGGAACAGAGGUCACCAUAGCGGGUCAGGCUGGAGGGAAGGUCAUCGCAGGCCUGAGAGCACCACGAGCAGGAAGCAGUAUACCGACGGUCGGGGAAGUACUGGGUCAGGCUGGGGUGGUGCCAGCGGGGGAAGAGGAGGUACGGGAUCAGGCUGGGGCGGUGCCAGCGAUGGACCUGGAGGAACUGGCUCAGGCUGGGGCGGUGCCAACGGGGGAAAUACAGGGUCAGGCUGGGGCGGUGCCAAUGGGGGUAGUACAGGGUCAGGAUGGGGCGGUGCCAACGGGGGAAGUACAGGGUCAGGCUGGGGCGGUGCCAGUGGGGGAAGUGGAUGUAAAGGAGUGCCACCUGGCUCUCCGAACUGGGUGCCAGGACUGGAUCAGUGGUGCGCUCAGAACUGCGCUGCUGGUUACUGUCCCGAAGCGCAGUGUGUGUGUUGAAGUCCCUGAAUCUUCACGGCGCAGCCAUCUUUGCAUUUCCUCUUUCGAUUUGAAUAUGUUAACGAUGGUAGUUCUGUGGGAUUUGGUUUUAGCAAUGUCUUUAAAGUCCAAGGUUUUAGAUAUGAUUAUGCCUGUAGGAUGAAAUAUGUAAUACUGAUUAUCGGAUAAUUUCUUUAAGAAAACGAACUAAAAUCAAAUUACGAAAUUACUGACAGUGACAAUAUAUAUGUAUAUAUAUGUAAUAUAUAUAUAUAUAUAUAUAUAUAUAUAUAUAUAUAUAUAUAUAUAUGCAUGUACAUAUAUAUCAUUUUUCAUUCAUUCAAUUUCAUUUCUUUUACAUAGUUCAUUAUUUGUGUUGCAUCAUAGUUUCAUUAAUUUUCAAAUACUAAUACGAAUUUAAUGAUCGAGAAACAAUUUCAUAGUUUGUUUUGAACAAAAAUGUAAUAUCAAAUAAUCCUGCAACCUGUAUUUGUGGUCUUUGUAUGUAGAAUAAAAGAACACUCAUAAAA